UAUAAACCCAGCUAUCUAUCAGGUUAGUUAGCUUACUUCAUAUUUCAGUGAGCUAACACUUCACACGACAACUCACCGAGAGUUCAGCUGAGUGGUUUUCAGAUCAGAGAUAGCUUCGUAGAGUGUGGCAGAAAAGAGUCACCAUGGCCUCAGAUGACAUCGCUCAGUUGGCUGAUGCUCUUUCAAAAACCCACGUUGGGGAUCGAGAGUUGAGCUAUAAAGGCCUGGGGCUGAAGCUGGACAACGAAGAAUCAGCAAAGGAGCUGGUCCAUGAGAUCGAGCGUUGCCAGGAUUUGAGAGCUCUGUGCCUGGAGGGAAACACUGUGGGAGUAGAGGCUGCCCGAGCCAUCGCCAAGGCCCUGGAGGGCAGAGACCAACUACAGAGAUGCUAUUGGAGUGACAUGUUCACUGGGAGGUUGCGCUCUGAAAUCCCAACAGCCUUGAGGUCCCUGGGUGGUGCAGUAAUGUGUGCAGGGGCCAGGCUGACUGAGCUGGACCUGAGCGACAAUGCCUUUGGGCCAGAUGGCGUAAAGGCAAUCGAGCAGCUGCUGAAGAGCCCAUCCUGUCACACUGAGGAGUUGAAGCUCAACAACUGUGGCAUGGGGAUUGGGGGAGGAAAGAUCCUGGCUGAAGCUCUGAUUGAGUGCCACAGAGAGUCCUCAGCGCUCGGAGCUCCACUAAAACUGAGGGUGUUCAUCGCAGGAAGGAACCGCCUGGAAAAUGAAGGAGCAAGAGCCCUGGCCAAGGCCUUUCAGCUGAUGGGCAGCCUGGAGGAGGUUCACAUGCCCCAGAACGGCAUCAACUACGCAGGUGUAAUGGCGUUAGCUUCAGCCAUGCAACACAAUCCAGAGCUCAGAGUCCUCAACUUCAACGACAACACCUUCACCAAGAAGGGCUCGCUGGCCAUGGCACAGGCUCUAAGACACCUGAGGAACGUGCAGGUGAUCAACUUUGGUGACUGUCUGGUCCGCUCAGAGGGAGCCAUCGCUCUUGCUGCCGUCCUCAGAGAAGGAUUGCCAAUCCUUAGGGAGCUGAAUGUGUCAUUUGGAGAGAUCACAGAGGCAGCAGCUCUGGUGGUGGCUCGGGCUGUAAUGGACAAACCUCAUAUGGAGAAAGUGGAUCUGAAUGGUAACUGUCUUGGAGAGGAGGGCUGUGAGGCUUUGAAAGACGCUAUGGAGAACAUGGACAAAGGAGACUUGCUGGCAUCACUCAGUGAUGAUGAGGGUGAGCCUGAUGAGGAAGAUGAUGAUGAGGACGAGGAGGAUGAUGAUGCCAGUGUUGAAGAGGAGGAGGAUGGUGAAAUUGUAGAGGAAAAUGAUAUUCCAAGAAAGGAUGACAGUCCGGAAAAGAGCUCGACCCCAGCAGAGAUUGUGUCUUUCCUCAGCUGCCCCUCUGCAGAGAAGCUCCUCCAGCUGGGAGAGAUGAGAACAAACCUGAAACAAGAGGUGGAUCCAUCAAACCCACAGAAGACGGCUGAUGUCUUUCUGAAAGUUGCGUCUCUGUACAGCGAAGAUCCAGAGAUCAUGUCAGCUGUCUAUGAAUCUAUUGACGCUGUGUUGAAGAGGAUUCUCUCAGGUUCAGACCUCCACUCGUACUGUUUCCUCUCCACGCUGCUGGUCAUGAUGGGACUCCUUAAGGGAGAGGGGACGAUGAAAAAGGUCUCACUGGUCCCAGGUCAGCUGUUGUGUUUGGAGCACGCUGUCCAGCAGGAGUACUUCCAACAUCACCAUGCUGUGCUGCUUCACACCUUAACAUCCAAGAACAGUGUCGCUCUGAAGUCAUGCAGCAGCGCCACAGAGAAGCUGAGCUCCACUCUGGAAAAGAAGUGCAAUGACCAAGACUGAUUGAACUCUGGCGGCACGAACACUGGGACACAGACACACACUGUAUCAACUUAAACCUCCUCAGCAACAAAACCAACAGGGACACGUCACACCUGAACUAAAGGGACUCUGACAACCACUUAACCUAUCUCCACUCCUCAUUUGUACAUUUUAUGAAGGAACGACAGAAUCUCUUAAUUUUGUAUUUUUCUACUUAUUCCUCUGACUUAUAUUUUUAUAGAAAACUUAGAUACAAAUAACAAAAAUAUAGAAAUACACAUGAGUUGACCUUUUGAGUUAAUGUGUGAAAAAUGAAACUGAUUGUGUUGAGUGGAGCUAACAUUUGACUAACGGUCUGGCACUUUUACCCAACCUGCAUUUAAGUACAUUUUGUUUACAUAUUCAACAGAACAAUGCAGGUGUUUCACACACUCACAGUACAAUCUGGGUUUAGAGUUUGUUAUUGUGCACCUACUGACAUAGCUGCAGAUUUGCUGUAUUUUUUAGCCCUUAUGAAACACACCGAUACUUGUUGUCAAACUUAAUCCAGUGCUGAGACAAAAUUGGUAGGGCCAGGACAAUUUUACUAACAGUCUAUAAUUGAAAUAAAUUAGACAAAAAUAAAGAGCUGUCUUUAUUUUUCCAUUUA